CGUCAUUCGAAGAAAAAAGUCGAUUGCUUUGGACGUGUAGACGUCCGGUCGUCGCGUAAUUUGUUUUUGUAGUAGAAUACAAAGGAAGCAGAAGCGGAUUACAGAUAAUUUUGAAGUGCUGCAGCUGUGCAUAAUAAGGUGGUAAACACAGUCCAAAGGAGUACGCGCCGCUUCAUUCGUGCACCCUUGUGUAUCGACGAUGUAUACACACUAUGGGCGCGUCUCUUUUUGUUCCUUCGCGCGUGUGUGUGUGUGUGUCUGACAUCGCCCUGCCUGCGUGUGUGUCUGUGUCUCGCCCCUCGGUCGCAGCGAGCAGAGCAGCCCUCUCCUCUUGUCCCAUAAAGUCAAUGUACAACUUGUUUAUAUUUAAGAUUUGAGAUCGACCCGAUACUGGCAAGGAAGCACGCAGAAUGCUGGUGGAAUAUUGAAACAAGUGUCGUCGAAUUGUGAUUUCUCGUCGAGUGAAUUUUCGCACGCACACAACGCCAGCAUUGCUCGCAAACACACGCACACAAGCGAAACGAGAUUUUGCAAGUCGCGUACGUGCUGGUAGUGGUGCCCGUUGUAGUUGUAACCGUGCCUGUGUUGGUGUGGUGUUAGUGCUUGUGCAACUUAAAAAUUCAAUUGUUUAUUGCUGGGCAAAACUGGUACCGUGUACCGCGUACCUGGAAAACAACAUUUAAAGCGAACGCCAGGCGAAUCGAGAGUUCCGAGCAAGUGGGCAACAAUAAGGUGUCGCUGCGGCGCCUGCUCAUUUCCACGGUGAUAAUAAUCGGCAUAGGGUUCCGACGCGAAAGCCACAAGUGAAAGUGGAAUGCUCUGCCUAUUCGCGUUAGUUGGCAUAGUCUUCAAUACCCAGCGAAUUACAUCUCUCCGACUGGAUAUGAAGAUAUUUGGGUCGAUGGGUGAAAAGCGACUGUCGCUGCUACUAUAAAAAGGACGAUCUGAUAUGAGAGCCAUAUAUUCCGCGCCAAUGAGCGGAGACGACAGCGCAAUUAGAUGAGAAAGACCCCAUGACCCAGAGCAAAACAUUUCACUCGAAAACGCAUAGUUAAGCGAUGGAACUAACAAGCAAUUCCGAGGUUGUGCCAGAAAUACAUGCUUACAUCGCCAUUUAAGCACACUCAAUAACUAUUAGAAGCCAAACUUUAUCUGCCUACAAGACUAUCCGCAUUAAAAUCAAAAUGAACUCCGUAAUAUCAGCAUUUAAAGGAAAAAAAAAUAGCAAUCCAUCCUGCAAUUCUCCAAUGGGAUCGGCGAAUGGCACUGCUCCGGUGGAGGCAAAGCCAAACAAUUGCUACCAGUACCUGCGCCACAUACGCGAAAUCGAUACAAACAACAAGCUCCUUUCUCCCGUCGUGGUUGUUGCAGAGGAGAGGCCAGUGAGCAAGGCUGGUUCGCCCUCGACAGUGGCGACCAUGGCUACUGGAGUCGAUGUGGUGGAUCACUGCCUGCCCACAACGGUACGAUUGUCCGUUACCGAGGCGCUAUCCGACUUGAACAUGAACGGAAAAGCCGUCGAACCCCCCGUCACCCCAUGCACUUCGGUUGGCGACAAUGCCAAUCUGGAGGUGGCUGAAACAUGGGCUUGUCCACCGCCACAAGCGACGGAUGACGAGGACAUAUCCGAGCACUCGACAGCCGCCUGCACCAGCACAAGUAGCUCCAGCGAGCACAGCAACAGCACCGUGGUGCACAGUCCAACUGUGGGGGAGAGCACCUGUGACUCCGUGUCCGUCUCGGUAAGCCAUCCAAGUCCCAGCGUGAGUCAGAACAACACAUCGUCCGCCACCGGCCGGAUGAGUAGCCCCCACAGCCAGUCGUCGCUCUCCAUAGCCUGCGAGCCGCACUCGGCGUCGACCACCACGCUGUCGUCGCUGGGAUCAGACCUGGGCAAUGGAAACGGAAGUACCGUACCCGCGUUUCUAAUGGCCGCCCCCGUCACGCUGCCAAUUGGCGGCCAGAUGCCCACGAUAAAGUGCCUCCCAGGAGCAAGCUCAGCGGCCAGCACGCCCAAGCACUCGCGCUACUCUAAGCCUCGUCUCAGCCUGAGCCGCGUGUUUAAUCACUCUAUGCCCUCCGUGCACGGCCGACCAAAUCUCAGUUUAGCGCCAGCUGGAGUUCCGGGAAGUGUGAAUCCGCCGAAACGUAUUUCCACGCACCAAAGAAACCUAAGCUUGGAUUUUAGAUCCAUGGGCAUACUUCUUCCGCCUGUCUCGCAGGUGACCAAUAAUCACAUCAAUCACACCCAGCACCACCGCAAUCGCAGCCUCGACAGUGCCUUGCAACGCAUUCCGGAGGUCGAAGUGUCAUCGCCAAAUGCUGAAAGCGAAAACACGUUCUGCUCACCGUCCAUUCUCGGUGCGACUAUGUGCUCAAAAAUUGCCACGACAGCGGCAACUGUAACGUCAGCCCUGUCCCCACCAGGCACGCCCACACCGGCUCUGAUGUCGACGGCGUGCACGCCCACGAUUGGAGCCGUAAAGGGCAACGUGCAACAUCCCGUGCCGAAGCAUGAGCAAUCGAUUUCUUUGGCAGCUGCUUGCAGGUCCAGUGCCGUCGUGGAAUCCUGUCCAACGUUACGAAUGCGCCCAAAAUCCAGCGAGUCGGUUGCGGCCAAUGGACAAGAGAUGAUCGGCGUCAUUGUCAGCAGCACGGGCAACGGCAGUAGCAGCAGUAAUAAUAGCUGUAGUAGCGCUGGUAGCACCAAGAAGCGAGAGGAUCUCACCAGUCUUGGAUCGGAUGAUUCUGGCAUCAUCUGUGGCUCAGAGUCGGACCAAAUAUCUCUGAAUCGCAUAUGCCACUCACAUGAGUCGCUUGAUUCGGGUGAGAUGGAUGCGGAUGCCGAUGCAGAAGAGGAGUGCGUUGAUCUUAUGGAUACGACAUCCAUCGACGAGGAGUACAACAUUAUGCAGCCGGACCAUCUCUGCCUCUAUCCUCCACAGGCCGCUUCCACCGAAUUGGACUGCCGCACCCUGCGUCCGUCUCGGAAACAAAAGCGACAGCAACAGCAGGUCCUGGAGCGGAAGAAUCUACCGUCCCAAAACCAGAUCGAAAGCGAAGACUCAGUGGAUGCUGGCGUCGACGCCCGAACACGCUAUCGCGUUAUGAACAUGUCGCAGGCAGCUAUCAAUGUUGAACUCGGAACAGCUUCCAAUGAAAUCGAUCCGGAUGUCAACUACAGAGAAUCUCACCAAGAUCCCAUCGCUGAUGCACCUUCCCUCUCCACCCCAAGUGUAGCAUCAACGGCGUCAGCCACGCCAUCGGUAACCCCAACACCGAUUGCCACUCCGACACCAACGGAGAGCACCAAGAACGACCAAGUGCUGUUUAAGAAUUUCUUUGGCGCCACCAAGAAUGCCAUAUUUCGCACAGCCCAGAGCAUUAUUGAAAACCAUGAGAAGAAAAACGCUGCUAAGCAGAAGGAGCAGCCUGAUCACUCAGGGACAGUCAGCUUAGUGGGUUCGCCAAAUGGAGGAAGCAGUGUGCCACAAGACCUGGUCAAGUCUCCCACAGACAUUUCGAAAAAGAAGGAAUUCUUUAGUUUGCUCACGUCUAGUUCCAGCAUAAAGGCAGCGGCUGCAGCUGCGGCGAACUCAGCUGCUAGCACUCCUCCUGCCACGCCUACGGAGGCACUAGCUGCGAAUUCAAAUUCGAAGCUUCAACCGCUUUCCGAUCCAUCUGCCGAUUUAAAAGUAAAGGAACGUACUCUCAACUUGCGUCUACCUGGAGAUAGUGAAGGCAGUGAAGGAGCAUUGACAAAGUGUUCAUCAAUCAACUCGAUACACAAACUAAAGCUUCCUGUUCCUGGUGUCGUUAAGUAUUUCAUCAGUGAAAAAGCACCUGUGUCUGAUGUGCUCCAGAAGCCAGAGAAAGGCCAAAGCGGCCUUUUGCGUUUCUUUGAGUCGCCAGUGUUCAACAUACACUUUGCUGUGCAUUAUCUCUUUUACUCAAAGGAACCGGGAGUCCUCAGCUUUAUCGGCAACAAGAUCUUCAGUUUUCCCGACCAAGAGGUUGAUCUGUACAUACCACAAUUGGUUGUUAUGUACAUUCAGAUGGAUGAGCUAGCUGAGGUUCUGGAUCCGUAUCUUACCAUUCGGUGUCGCAAGUCGGUUGACUUCUCGCUGAAGUGUCUGUGGCUCUUGGAGGCAUAUAACUACCAAGUGGACUCGCUAGGGAACUCACACAACAGUUCUCGGAAAUCAAAGCUGGCGCUCAUGAAGGAAAUAUUCUCAAAAAGGGAGCACAAACAGACUCAAAACGACCUCAAGUCUGCAGGUACUGGAGGUCUGCAUGUUGGAGAGCCGAGGUCGGUAGUCGCGCUUGCCAAGAAGACUCACCACCGCUCGCAAUCUGAUGCCACUGUGCUCCUAGCCGACUUUCGCUCGCCUCACACACUGAGUAUAUCGCAUCGUAUGUACCAGCAGCCACCCUAUACCACACAAACACUUCCCACUACGCCCGCCAAGCUGUGCCUCGGUGACUUAACUUCCGGCCACGCAUUUGAUAACGGGUGCACCUGCUUCGAGACGGUUCGAGGCCAAGUAAAUGGUCUGCUUGGGCAGAGGACGCUAUGCAGCUGUGGUGCUCCAAAGACGUCACCCCAGAAAGAGUUUAUGAAGGCAUUGAUGAACGUUGGUAAAAAUCUCACCUCGUGGCCUUCCAAAGCGGAGAAGACUUCAGCGCUGCGGAUGUCCCUCAACUUGAUUAACAAAAACCUGCCCGCUAGAGUCUGGCUUCCUUUGUACUCAGACAUUCCACAUCAUGUCGUUCGUAUUACAGAGGAGAAGACCGCAGUACUGAACUCGAAGGAUAAAACCCCCUAUAUCAUAUACGUAGAAGUUGUUGAAAUUCCUGACAUCUAUACUUCUCCCCUGAUUCCCAAAAUGAUGCCUUCACUGCGGCACACCAAGAGCGAAGAGCACCUGGAUGGGUCCUGCCUGAACUCCCACCAACAUCUGAGCUGCAGUCGAACUUCAAGCUGCAGUAGCAGUCAGCAAGGCACAAGUUGCCGCCGAAAAAAAGGAGCAGAUGUAGAUGGCGGCUGCGGGGAUGCGGGUCCACAUAAUAGCUGCAGCAAUGUACAUUCGUUAGGUGGACUUCAGUUCCAGGAAGAUGACGUGUGGUCACAAGAGGAGGACGAAAUAACAGCGCAGUAUCUUAACAUGCGGAAAGUGAGCGAGCGGGACACAAUUUCACAAAUAUCACUAGAUUCCUGCGAUUCAAGAGAUCAAGGUCCACCAGUCGUGUUUAAUAUUGGCGACGUGCGCUUGCGCCACUGCAGCAAUUUGAGCUGCGAAAAUACUAAAUCCUUCAGUAACGACCCGGAGGAUCCUUCGGCGGCAGCUUUAAAGGAACCGUGGCACGAAAAGGAAAAGCUUAUCCGCGAGUCUUCGCCAUACGGCCAUCUAUCAAACUGGCGACUGCUUUCCGCCAUCGUAAAGUGUGGCGAUGAUUUACGCCAAGAACUAAUGGCUACCCAACUUUUACAGAUGUUUAAAAUUAUUUGGCAAGAAGAGCAAGUAGAUCUGUGGGUGCGCCCGUACAAAAUAGUCUGCCUCUCGAAUGAUAGUGGUCUUAUAGAGCCGAUCCUUAACACUGUAUCCCUGCACCAAAUUAAGAAGAACUCCAACAAAUCGUUGAAAGAGUAUUUUAUCGAUGAAUACGGCUCACCAAGCGGAGAAAGUUUUCGGCGCGCGCAGAAGAACUUCGUCCAAAGCUGUGCAGCUUACUGUCUAAUUUCAUAUUUACUGCAAGUUAAGGACAGGCAUAAUGGCAACAUUCUCUUCCAUUCGGAUGGGCACAUUAUACACAUUGACUUUGGAUUUAUUUUAAGUAUAUCACCUAAAAACUUGGGAUUCGAACAGUCGCCCUUUAAGCUAACGCCGGAAUUUGUUGAGGUGAUGGGUGGCACGAGCUCGGAGCAUUGGCGUGAAUUUAAUAAGCUCUUGUUAGUUGGAAUGAUGUCUGCUCGAAAGCAUAUGGAUCGUAUUAUUAACUUCGUGGAAAUUAUGCGCAGCAAUGCGCAUUUGCCGUGCUUUAAGAAUGGGUGCUCUGGAACCGUACAGAAUCUCCGAAAACGCUUUCAUAUGAAUUUAACCGAACAAGAAAUGGAGCGAAAGGUUGAGCAGCUUGUACAGGACUCGUUAAAAAGUCUGUCAACCAAACUGUACGACGGUUAUCAAUACUACACUAAUGGCAUAUUGUGAGAACGGUUUUUUAUGAAGAUCUAAAUGGGUAAUCAUAAUAGCGCAUAGAAAUUGCCAAGCUGGUAACCAACAUAAUGGACUGACUCUUUUGUAAAGGAAUUAUUGUAUAUUAUAUAAUAUGUUAUUAUCACCGAAAAAAAAAACAAAAAGAAUGAAAUUGUACCAAACCUUAAUCUGUUAUUGUAGUUUAAAUCGUUAGUUGUAUGUGUUUUCAUUGUUGAAUUAGUGUAAGGUGUAUGUUGUCUAGCUUUUAAGAGAAAAGUGUAAAUGCCGAGUGUAAUUUUAGUUUGCCUGUGAGAGAUCGCGAGACACUCGCUAUUCCAUUUUGAAAUUCAUAAUUUACAUGUACAUUUGUGCACAUUUCUACUAAUCAGCCUUACGUUUCGAUAACUUGAUUAUCCAUUCAUCCCUUUUCUAAACCUAAACUUUUGUAAUUCAUAACUAUAUGUAUAUGUAUGUAAGCAUCUAAUUCCAAUAUAUAGUCAUAAGUAUAAGGGUAUAUGCUUAAUACUGCUGCAGCAUAGAAUUUUAAUACAGCAAUAUAAUCUUUAAGAAAAUCUAUUAAAUACAAAAUUUAGAUAUCUUUAACGAGUAUAUAGAGAAAUAAUUGAAAUGUUUGAGUCGCUGUCCGCUGUGUUUGUACUUGCAUAUUUAACUAAGUAAACGAAAAAAUAAAUCCCAAUUAUUUUCUAACUUAAUAUACUUCUGAGCUAUUGCGAGAGAGAUAUAAAAUAAACCCAUUGGAAAGGAGGGAGGGCACUAAAACAAAUAGUUAGGCACUGAAAGUGCACAAUUUCAAGCCUAUAAACAUGAGCAGCACUAUUCAAAGUACAUACUUGUAUGUACAUUUAAGUUUACUUUCACGCAAAAAUUAGCUACAACUAUUUAAGAUUGUAUAUUAAUAUUUCUACAAAUUAUUAAAUAAUGUCACUAAAAUAAAUGAGCGUAUUAAUAUACAAAGAAAAU